AGGUUGUUGAAACGCCCAUGGUAACCACGAGGCCUUCCCCGGCGAGCGGCCUGGACGAGCCUGGAGUUGCGGCGGCGACGGCGACGGCGGACUCCGACUCCCCGAAUGUGUCCGUGUCCUGAACGACCCACCGCCAAUUACCAGUUGGCAAGAUGAUUCCAAUAUGGCAGAAUAAGCCUUAUGGAUCGUCCCGCAGUGUUGUUCGAAUGAUUGGGUCAAACCUCCCAUUGAGGCCAUGUCCUAGAGUUUGUUUCCAGCUUGUUCCUGGGCUCACUGCGGCUGAGUCUUUAAAUUCAGUCCAUGGUGAUAAACCAGCUGUGCCAACUCUGGCGGACAUUGCAUGGAUAGCUGCAGAUGAAGGAGAAGCUUUUACCAGGAUGAGAGCUGAUGCCAGACCCUACCGGGAUGACUGGCAUCCUACUCCUCUGCUGAUAAUGCACAGAAAUUCAUCCGUCCCUAACUUCCGAAGGGAAGGGAAGAAAUAUGAAACUCUGAAGAAGCCUGCGCUGACUGCUCUGAAUCACACGGUUGCACUUCAGGAUGAACUUAGCCGCUUGCGAGAACAGAUUGCUAAAAUAGUUGCUGUACCAGAAAGUAAAAUGGAAAUUACAUCUGCUCCUUUUACACCAGAACUUGGUUCUCCUGACACAUCAAGUGUUGCCUGCUCUUUACCAGAUUUUGAAGCAGCAUGCCCUCCUUUAGCAUCAUUUAUACUCAAUGAUGAUGUUCCAGAAACUGAUCCAGUUGACUCUUUAAGCAUCGCAUCAUUUUCCAUGGCUGCUUCAUCAAACUUUGACCUAGAUUUUGAAAAUAAACGACAGGAUAUAACCAUCGACGAAGAUGAUGAAACCUCCUGUCUAUCAAAGUCCACAAGCUUUGCAGAUAUGAUGGAUAUCCUGAAAGACAUGAACAGAGUCAAAUUGAACUCCUUACAAGGGUCCAGGAGAGGCUCACAGCUUUUGAGAGAGAAUGACCCAUCAGUACUCAUAUCAGAAGCAUUGAAGCGCAAGUUUACUGUAUCGGACACUAUUUUUAUGAAGGAAGACUGAUUUUGCAAUUUCCUCAAACAUGACAUAGUACUCCAACGAAAGUUUAAAACACAAACUGUUGAUGGAAAACUGCAGUUAUUUUGGAAGGAACUGCUGUACUCUUGGGCAGUUCAGUAUGCCCUGUGGACCCUGCUACUUCUAAUAUAUAAUGAACUCGGAGCAAAAUGCUAAGUUGAUCAGGACAACUCCUGUUCAUUUUGCACUGCAAUAUUACAGGUUGUGGAAACAAGGUUAUAAUUGGAGCAAACUUGUAUCUGUGCCUUGACUGUUGCAAAAUUUCAUAUGGAGGAAUAACUUCCUUACCUCAGUUUUUUUUUUUGGGGGGGGGGGGUGGGAUAGUGGGCUGAGAUAGUGGUAGGGAUGGGGCUGGUUAAAUGCAUACAUUGUUGGUUUGUAUUUGAAUUAAUGGAUAAUUAUUUUAUUUAUUUUCCCUCGUCUAGUUUACUUUCUCUCCACUUGCACAGUGCUCCUCAGCACUGGAAUGUCCAGACAAAUUUCAUGAGCUAAAGGCUCUGCAGUUUCCUUAAUAUAAUGUUUAAACAGUAGUUCCUCUGAGACCCCCGAUUUUUGCAUCCAAAUGUGCAAACAAGCUCUUGUGACCUCGUUGGUGUCUGUUUCCCCCCCCCCCCCCCCCCCCCCCCCACCACUGAAGUCGGAUAAAUUCUUUCAUUCAUAAUUUGUGAUUGUAAGCAACAGUGCAGAAUUUCGCUGCUGAGUUGCAAAUGUUUAGGGAAGUGUUAGGGAUGAUAUUACUUUUUCAUUCAAAAAGCUGUAGUUGAAGUAUAUUUUCUUCAUGCUCAGCUUCCUUCCACCACCUCUCUCCUACCUCCCCCAAAGAUAAAAUCCUUGAAAGCACAAUGCAGUUCCAGUAUGUGGACAGCAGUCCGAUUUAUCAUUGUUUAAGGGAUGCGCACACACAACCAUUAAGCAGCAAGAAGAGAAAUCUGAUAGUUUGAUGCUAAUGUCAUAUUUCCAGUUUUGAUCUUUAACUUCAUGUCGAUUUUUUUGAAUUUGUGCUGUUUCAUUUUUAGAAUAUUUUUAUUAUUGUUGGUUUAGAACCAUGGCGACCGUGUGUGAAAUUUAAAUUUUAUUUGUUGCAUGGUAUUGGAUUGUAAAAUGGAUACCUAACUUAGGGUUAAGACGCAUCGAAAGUUGUAAAGCAUAAUGGUAAGUUACUGUUUUGGUAGAGGUUAUAGAUUGUCACUUACUUGACAUGUGUUCUCAGCAACUCUGUAGUUUGUAUGUUACAGUGAGGGUGAAAGUAUUGCAACAACCAGUUGUAGCAGUCAAUGCAUGAACUGUGGGUGCAAUUAUUGAAAAGAUGAGUUCCUUUUGACAGUGGCACCGACCGUAAGGCUGUUGGACAUGAUAGAAGAUAGAGACAUGAGACUGCAGAUGCUGGAAUCUGCAACAUAAUGCAAUUACUCUGAACUAGAAAAUAAUGUGUAAGGCUGGGCAAAUAGGCCUUUAUAUUAUUGUACACUGUGCUCAAGGCUUGUGUUAUAGGUCUAAAACCAAAUGAAGCUCUUAAUUUUUGGCAGUGUAACAAUACAUAUUUUACCUCUUGUGCAAUGUCUUGAAAAUACUUAGAUUGAUUUAUCAGAAAACAUUCCUCUGUAAAACUACUUUAUUAAUAACUUUGGAUCAUUGUAGGGAAGUUACAGUUUAAGUGACAGGGAAUCCAUCUCCAUCCCUAAUAGAGAUUGUUAAACUAUUGCACGUUCCUCCUGCAGUCAAACCUCCCUUUACCCAAGUGUAGGCGGAAUAGGAAGUGUUGUCAUUAAGUGAUUGGUAUCUGUGUGAAAAUGCAAGAUUAAUGAAAAUGGACCAGCCUGGCUCGUGCUUUACAAAGUCAGAUUUAACCUGGCAUUUAGCCUGGAUUUUCCUGUUUAAUUGUGCUGCAGGUUACCUUGGCUUUUAGACCUUCCGAUGUUGGUUUCCCCAUUCCCCUCACCCACCCCACCCAAAAUCCAAACCAUAGUCCUAGGGCUCUGAAAAACAAAAGAGGCACAUAUGUAGAUUUUAAUUUUUUUUAAAUUUGAGACCAGGUGCAUGCAGCGCAUAAGGAAACAUGUGGCUUAUUUGACAUGUUUAAUCAAGAUUGAUUUUCAUUUCCAAAGAAAUAUAAUAGCUUUGUAUGUUUCCAGUUGUUUAUCCAUUUUUGCUAUUAAAGAAAUAACGAUAAUCAAGUAUUCAGUAAUCUAAUUGUGAAACGAAUUAAAACCUAGGUGUGGUAGAAAUUACUGAAAGCAUUUAUUUUCAUGCUUGUCAUUCACUACUAUACUAAUGAUUUUGUGUGUAGAAAUGAUGAUUGAUGCAUUGAGUAGAAAGUCUCAUAGCUCUGUUGGCUGUUGUCAAAUCCUCGCCUUGAUCCGAAUAUUAUAAACACACUCCUUGGACACUGAACACAGAACAUGCUGUUUAAUUCCCCUCCAUUCCUUACAUCCUGGCACCAUGUGCCCUUUCUGACUCAUAGUAACACAUUUAAAAGCAACAUCAGUUACCAUGACAUCACUCCCUUGUCAAACAAAAAGGAUUUCCGCAGCAUCAUAUUGUAAACUGAACAUUCUAACACCUAUUUGGGAUAUGGCGUUCGUUACAUCGAUAACGCAUCAUUUUCACAUGUUAACACGUCUCAUAGUCCUCGUAUCGCUUGGUUUUCAAACUUCUUUCUCGGGUUCAAUCUUGUCCUCAGCUGGAUUGAUGCCAUUACUGGUCACCUUGUGGCCCACAAACACCAAUUCCUGAAACACCAAGCAAACAUUUGUCUGCAUUCACUAUCAAUCCAGCAGCCUUCAAUCAAGCUAGUGUCUGCCUGAGUCUCUCAUCAUCUUGUUCCUCAAGUGUGGUACCAUGAAUAGUGAUCUCUUCUGAGAUGUUUGCAGUUCCAGGAAUCUCUUGAGCUACCUUGUGAAUUUCCUAUUGGCAAAUCUCCAAACAACAACUUCCUAUAUCGGUAGAGUCCGCAAUGUUUGACAAAAGUAGUUAUUUUCGUUGACUCUCUAUCUAAUCACCAACUGAUGAUAGCCCCACUUUAGGUCUAGCUUUGAAAAUACUUUGCUUGUAGAUAGCUCUUGUAGGACCUCGUCGACAGUAGCUAUGGGGUGUCUCGUAUUAUUGCCUCAUUUAUUUGUUUCUUGUCCACACAAAGUCUUAUCUCUCUGUUUGGGGGGAGAGGGGAGAGAGAAAGGAAUUAAAUUUGUUUUGUGGUAUACUUUUAAUAUUCCCUAAUAUUAAUAUUUAAUAAUGCAGGUAUUUGUUUAUAGAGGAGAAGUUGGUUCCCAGCAACACUUUGCCCCUCUUAUAUUUGCUGAGCCCUAAAAUUAGGUUAAAAUUGGAAGGAAUGUUUUUCUCUUGUGCAACUAUUUUGUAGAUAUCACACAAUUGCAUCAAUUUCACUGCCAUUGUUCAAUUUGCACCUCCAUUCACAUAUGCAAUACAUUUUAAUUAUUCAGUGUAUUUUAAUUACUUUGUUAAAAUAUUUUGGAAAUGUUACUCAUCAUGAACCUCAUCAACCCAAGUAAUGUGUUUGCAGCUUUGGAACACAACAGAGCUGGAAUAACUUCCUAACAUGUUUUUUUCUUUUUCUCUCUGCCGUCCACCCACCACCAACCCUAACUCCCCACACAUGUUUUGUGGUAACUGCAGAACCUUUUUGCGAGUAACAGCAUCUUCAUUUUCAGUGGGCUUUCUAAAUUGCUGUUUCUGGCAGGGAGCCAAACACUCUUCAGACUGCUUCUUCUGUGUUAGGUCAUAAGUGAUGGGAGCAGAAUUAUGUCAUUCGGCCCAUCGAGUCCAGCCCGCCAUUCAAUCGUGGCUGAUCUAUCCCUCCCUCCUAACCCCAUUCUCCUAACUUCUGCCCAUAACCCCUGACACCCGUACUAAUCAAUAAACUAUCUAUCUCUGCCUUAAACUAAUUAAAGUGGUAAAUAAGGAAAGCUUUGGUUUGGGGAGUGAACAUUUUGGGGCCUAAGUACUUAAAUUGUGCACUAUGGACAUGCUCAUUCAGCUGCAAGCUCAUCCUGCAUGUACUACUUUGGACCUGGUGGGUGAGAGUUGAUGUAUUUAUUCAAAACUGUGUUAAUAUUCAAGUGAUAAACUGCAUUAUUGAAUGUUUAUCUGUAAGUGUUCAUUUCACACAAUGUUGAAAGCAAUAAAGAUAUCAGCAUGAUUGUUUAACGAUUACAUUUAUGAGGGGGAUCUAUUGAAAUGGUUUUCAACCUGUGUAAAACAUUUUUUUUUAAAACAUUGAUAUUUCCGAAAAUAACAAUAAAAUAAAAAAUCU